CUUGAGAUUUCAGAUGACGGCGUCUCUCGGCUCAGCAGGUCUCCGCAGGACUCGUCUCACCGGUCGUCUCGCCGAGGGCCGUCCCUCUGGGGAAUUCACAUCUUUCAUCAUCAGCACUAGAAGUGUCAGGGUCGGUAGCUGGUACACACACACAUCUCAUCACCCUCAUCACUCGCAGCCGACUCAGCACACUCAACACACUCAACGUUCUCAGGAUUCCUAUCAUGUCUCGCCUGUCGGUGACGGAGCAGAACGAGGUGGAUGGAGCAGGAUCUCGUUCUAACCCUGAGAGUUUUUUAGGGCAGAACUACAAGGAGCUACACAAAGAUUUUGUGACACAUAAAGCAAGAUUCCUCGAUGAUAAAUUUCCUCCAAACAAGAGCUCCAUCGGGGAAGGACUGCUGUCUGAUGAGGACAUGGAGCGGGUGGAGUGGAUACGACCUACGAAAAUGGUGGAUGAUCCUCAUCUUGUUGUAGGCGGAGAGUCGAGGUUCGACCUUGCGCAGGGAGAGCUGGGGAACUGCUGGUUUCUGGCUGCGAUCGGAGCCAUUACGCUACAGCAAGAGGUCAUGGAUCAGAUCAUCCCUGAGGGCCAGUCGUUCAGAAGAAAUUACGCCGGAAUCUUUCAUUUCAGGUUCUGGAGGUUUGGGAAGUGGGUGGAUGUUGUGAUUGAUGAUAAAUUACCCACACUCAAUGGACAACUGAUCUUUGUUCACUGCAAAACCUGCAAUGAGUUCUGGCCUGCGCUGGUGGAGAAAGCCUACGCCAAAGUGUGUGGCUCCUAUGCAGAUCUUAAUGGUGGUUGGAUAUCUGAGGCUCUGUGUGAUUUCACUGGAGGAGUGUAUCUCACACUCAGACUGGUGAAGGAUCACCCAGAGCACUGGAAUCUCAUACAGCGAGCAGCAAAACACAGAUCAUCUAUGGGCUGUGGAUCAAAACCUGGGGCCACUGCAGCUAAUACAGAGCUUCCUAACGGGAUAGUGGAGGGUCACGCCUACACCAUCACUGGAGUUACUAAGGUGAGGUGUGAAGGGGAACAGGUUAAACUGGUGCGUCUCCUAAAUCCGUGGGGACGAAAAGAGUGGAAAGGUGAUUGGAGUGACAGGUCAGCGCUGUGGGGACUCGUGGACUCAGAGGAUCGUUCGAAGCUGCUGCAAAAUAAAGACAAUGGCGAGUUCUGGAUGUCAAUGAAUGAUUUCUCCAAGAGCUUUGCUACGGUGGAUAUCUGCUGCAAGACUCCAGCAUUCCUCGAUGGAUCCUCAGACAGCAGCUGGACCACGGUGAGGUAUGAAGGACGCUGGGACGAGAAGACAGGAGGGGGAUCCAUGGAGUACAAACAGAGUUUUUGGAUGAACCCUCAGUUUCGGGUGAAGAUUCCUGCCGUGGAGGAGAAGAACGCUGAAGCUCAGCAGCUGAACCUGCACGUGUCCCUCAUGCAGAAACCCAACAACAGACACAGACAACUAGUAGAAAACCACCCAAUCGGCUUCAGCGUGUUCGCCGUUCCUCCAGAGCUGAAGGACCAGAAAGUGCUCCCUGCUUCCUUUUUCACCUCCAGCACUCCAGUGGUCAAACCCAAGCUCGAAUCGAACUCCAGGGAGGUGAUGAAGAUGCUGAGUCUGAGCCCUGGACUCUACCUGGUCGUACCUUACACCCACAUUCCCAAAGUGACCGCCUCCUUCAUCCUCACGCUGCACUCAAAGAUUAAACCCAACUGAUGACCGUGAAAAAAAAAGAGAAAAACAAUACACAAAUCAUCCUCACCUGUCUGGAGUCCAGUCUGUGGAACAGAUUUCUGUCCUUCUUCGUGCACUGCUGAUGUCUGGUAUAAUCUAGAAAAUAUCGAUAAGUGAAAUCAAAACUGUUCUGAUCUGAUUAGCCAAACCAACCCGAGCGAAUCGCACGGCACAUCCAGGCCUGAUUGGGUUUAAUAUUGUGCAAGAUUUUCGUUAGAAAACUUGUGUAUGUUGUAAACGUUUUUCACUUCGUGUGGACGUGAGAUUUAUUUUCCAGCUGUUUGCCAACACACUCUGCAGCUCUAUUACAACUUUACCUCAGAAACUGGAGACUCUUUCCAUAAAUAUCAUAAACACAAUACGGAAAACUCCACAUCACUCACAUUCACUGUUUUUUUAUGCAUUAUUCUGUAAAUGUCAGAUUUGUUAAUAAAUUCUUGUUAAGAACA